UGUCACAUAGUUUUCAUAUUUUCCUCUGUUUUUUUGUGUUUUUCAUAAUUAAAUUUCUUUAAUGGAUUGUGUUUGUUCAUACUCCAAGAUUUCACAUAAUACAUUACCACAAUUUUCUUCAAUCAAUUUACGAAAUUUACAGAGUACUACUCUGUUCAAGAGCAACAAGAAAAAAAAUUCAUUGGUGUUAGUGGCUAGUUAUAGUAAUAAUAAUAAUAAUAAUGGUGGUGGUGAAAAUUGCGCGUUUAAUGGAUUGACUGCACCACUAACGCCAACGACAGAAGCAGGGAGAUCGUUGAGGGGCUUUUUACAGCAUGACAAAGCGUUGUUUUACGCAUUUGUGGAGAAAGAAUUGGACAAGUUGGAUUAUGUGAAGAAUGAUGCAUUACUUCGUAGUGUUUUUAGCUUGGGCACCGAUGAAGCUAUUCUUCACAGGAGAAUUUCUGUGCUGACAAAGUUGGAAUGUGACAACGCUGUAGAGGAUGUUAUGUACAUGUUAAUAAUCUACAAGUUCUCUCAAAUUGGAGUGCAUUUGGUUCCUAAGCUCUCUAACUGUAUGUACAAUGGAAGGCUCGAGAUAUUGCCUCGUAGAGACUGGGAACUCGAGUCUAUACAUAGCAUUGAAGUACUUGAAAUGGUUAAGGAAAUAGGAUGGGAAGAUAAGUCUAACAUGAAAGAUAAUUUGAGCCUCACUCAAGUCCAAAAGCAUCAAAUCCGUCAUGUCUAUGUUGCUUCGAUUUUGUAUGGAUACUUCUUCAAGUCCGCCUCGUUGAGAUACCAUUUGGAACAGAGUUUUGAUAAAACUCCUCCUAGCAACCUCUUAUUUUCGAGGUCAUGGACUUUAAAACCAAAAAGUGUUCCCUUCGGACGUAUAGGUGACACAGAAUCGACAUCAGUCGGUCCAGUGCCACUUAUCGAGGGGAAAAAGAAGAAGCAUGACAAUUUUAGGUCUUAUGUUAUGAAUUUUGAUCAUGAAAUAAAGAUAAUGUGUGCAAAACCUAAAUUCAAAGAGUCUAAGAGUCUGAUUGGGAAACAUUGCUCUGCAUUUUUUGGCGAUGAGGGAGACGAGGAAGUGUCAACGUCGUUCGCGAGUCUGAAGAGGUUAGUGUUGGAGGCUGUUGCUUUUGGUUCUUUCCUUUGGGAUGCAGAAGAUUACGUUAGGAAAUUUUAUCGACUCGAGGAGAACUAAACACACCAGAGAAGGAGCGAUUUUUUUUAUCAAACGAAGAACGAUCACAUUAGCGUUUUGAUCUCAUUUACGCCAUGAAAGAAAAAGACUAGAGGUUAUAUAUAUUAGUUUUCAAGUAUAUUGCAGGUUUUCUUAAUGUAUAAAGGAUUUUGCUAUCUGAUGUUAAAUAUUAGAAGAGGAUUUGGAGAUGUAUGGAACUUUCAUUGUUGGCAAUAGUAUUUUAGAUUCCUUGUUCUA